AUGGAGGUGGCGAAGAGGAAGAUGUUGGAUGACCGGGAAGCGGAGGGGAAAAGAGCGGUGAAGGUGAAGGCGGCGCCGGCGGCGGAGGACGACGGCGGAGAGAGCAAGAAGAAGCAGCAGGCGGCGGAAGCGGAGGAUGAAGAGGUGGAGGAGUUCUACGCUAUCUUGAAGAGGAUACGCGUGGCGGUGAAGUAUUUCGAGAAAGGAAAAGGCGGAAAGAAGGCGGAGGCGCGGCCGGCGGCGGUUAAGCCGUGGAGCCCGUCUUUUCAACGGGAGGAUUUCGACGGCGCGGCGGCGGAGGAGGAGGAUGAGGAGGAGGAGGAGGAAGAUGCCGCCGCCGGUUUAGAUCUCAACGCUGAACCGGAUUGCCGACGGAAAACCGGUAAAAUAACGUCCGGCAAAAAUCGGCUUUAG